AUGACUUAUCCUUCUUCUUCAAACAGCCCCCGCCGCGUUCCGUCCGUUUCGGGUGAAAAGCACUACCGAGCUAAGUCUAUCACUCGUUCCUCGGUCGAUCUGGACAAUUCGGAGUCUGGUGCUCUUUUUCUUGCUCCAAACGGCCUCGCUUCCGAAGCCGACGAAAACACAGAAUAUCCACCAACAGGUACAGCCGGAGCUCCAACGCGGGUGUGGUCAACAAGAAGAAUGCCGCUUGGAUCGAGGCGACUUGCCGUCAUCCUCUUUGGCUUGGUGGCGCUGAUCAUGCUGUUUGGCAGGAGAGAUUCGAGAGAUGCUGUAGUCGGCUACGUCAAUCAGAAGGCAGAUCAGGUGGGACAGGCCGUGCAGAACGCGCCGUGGAAGGCCAAGCCGGAGACAGGUAGCGACCAUGCUGUCGGCUUUCCUGUCAACCCGCCGAUGUCUACCAAGCCCGCAAAGGCACCUGUCACAGGCACGAGCGCCGACACUGUUCGUCAAAAGCCAGCGCUACACCCGGAUCCCACCAAGACGACUCGCUGCGACGGCACCGGCCCUCGCCCCGUCGAUCACAAGGGCAACCCGAGACCGCUGGUGCAAUACGCGCUCAUGAUCGAUGCCGGCAGCACGGGCAGCCGUAUCCACGUAUACCGCUUCAACUACUGCUCGGCAUCGCCGGAGCUCGAGGACGAGUACUUUGAGAUGCUCAAGGGCGGUCUCAGCAACUAUGGCACCGAUCCGGCCGCUGCGGCCGACUCGUUGAGACCCUUGCUCAAUUCGGCACUUGCACGCAUACCCCAUGCACUGCGGAAGUGUACGCCGGUCGCAGUGAAAGCUACUGCUGGCUUGCGUCUGUUACCCGGUAAGCAGGCUGAGGACGUCAUCAAGGCGGUACGACACAUGCUCGAAUUGGAGUAUCCGUUCCCCAUUGCGGAUGGCAAGAAUGCCGAUGGCUCGAAAGCGUCCAAGGGCGUCGAGAUCAUGGAUGGCAAAGACGAGGGGGUCUUUGCCUGGAUCACGGUCAACUACCUCUUGAAUCGCAUCGGCUCGUCGUCGCCGGACAAGCUCGAGACGGCCGCCGUAAUGGAUCUAGGAGGCGGCUCGACUCAGAUUGUCUUUGAGCCGAGCUUCCCCUCGGCACUGCAGGGCAUGCAGCCCGGCGAACACGUCUACCAGCUCAAUGCGUUCGGAACCAAGCCGUACACGCUCUAUCAAAACUCGUAUCUCGGCUACGGACUGAUGCAGGCGCGCAUGUCGAUCAACUCGCUGGCUGCCUUCACGUACAGCUUGGUGCACCCGAAUGCGGUUCUCACUGGCUCGGCACACGAUGGCGCCCAAGGCUCGCUCGAAUGGACGAGCUUGCGACCAGAAACCACGCGCAUCCCUUCGCCCUGCUUCACCAACGGCCGCACCAAAGCGGUGCUCAUCUCGCAACCGGGUCAAAAAACGCAAGCCAACGUCACCAUGGUGGGAACCGACGGCGGCUUCCAUGCUUGCCGACGCCUCGUCGAAGUAAUAAUGGACAAAGACGCCGUGUGCACCUCGCGACCGUGCUCCUUUGGUGGUGUCUACCAGCCUUCGCUUAUGGAGACGUUCAAAACGGCGCCUAUCAUGGCACUCUCGUACUUCUACGAUCGACUCGAACCGCUCGGCCUCGGCCCCAAGUUUACCAUUGAUCAGCUCGAGGCUUUGGCACAGCGCGCUUGUGCCUACACCAAGAGCGACACUCAAGACUUUGACGCCAAGGCGAUCGCCGAGUUGGAGGACCGUCCAGAAACGUGUUUGGAUCUGAGCUUCAUGCACGGUCUGCUCAGCUUGGGCUACGAGCUCGGUGGUGAGCGCGAGGUGAGCAUUGCCAAAAAGUUGGGCGGCACAGAACUCGGUUGGUGCUUGGGCGCACAGUUGGCUGUGCUCGAUGAAGAUGGCUUGGUAUGCAAGGUUUAA